AUGUAAUUUUUGCUGAUUUUACCUUUUGUGUCUUCAUUUUCAAUCAAGAUGGAUGAUGCUUUAUCUGGUGCAAUUACAAAAUACACUCUAGAUGUUUAAUUAUCAAUCGACACAUAUAAUUCAAUUUUGAUGAUAUUCCCUUUAAGUUAUGAGUUAAAUGAACUAAUGCAGAUUUAUUGUUGGUGUAAUGGUAAUAAGUUUCAAGCAAAAAUCAAAGAUAACCAAAUUUUAAUUUUUGGUAAUUUUAUUCCUUCCUAUACUUUGAAUAUUACUUUGGAAAAUAUUGAAAAUGGUUAUUAUCCUUUUAAUUAGGAUAAGGAGUAUAUCUUAGAAUUUUAUUAGGAUGAAAACCUAGUAGAGAGAUAAACUUGCCUUUACACUCUAGCUUAUUAGCAAUAGUUGAGCAUACAAGGAAGAUAUGAAAACUAUUCUACUUUUGUUAAAACUACUUUAAAUUUUGAAAUUAACUUUCUAUUUCGAGUAAGAGCAGGGACAAUCUUUGAUAUCAUCUUUCCAAUUAUUAAUAUAGGAGCAACUAAGAUCGUAUCAAUGCUGACAUAAGAUACCUUCCCUCUUUUCUAAAACAUAAGUUUGGAUUUUGAAAUUAAUCUUGCAGAAUAAAAAUUAACAAUUUACAACCUAUUUCAAAAAUAGUAUCUUCCUGGUAAUUCAAUACUCCUUUCAAUUCAUAACAUUUAUACAAAUAAUUAAUAAUUGGAUGGAGAUUCUUUUUGGAUACUUUAUAAGACUACCUAUAAAGGUCUUAAUAUUGCUGAGGGUUAAUUCUAGGAAAACGAAAUAAAAAGUGUUAGUCCAUCUAAGGAAUUUACAUUAGAAAGCUCAAAUUAAUUUGUUUCACAAUACACCUAAUUAUUCUUUUCAUUCGUACCUAGAUUAGCCUACCGCCAAGGUAGUCAAAUUUAUAUCAAAUUUUUAAAUCUGUAAUAAUAAUCCUAAAUAUCACAAACUAUUUUUUUGCCAAAACAAAACAUUAAUCCAAAUUAUGAAUUCUACAUUGAAAAUGAAGGUAUCGUGAUCAAAAAUUUUAACUAAUUCUAUGAAUCCAUGAAAUUUCAAUUUUGUCUCUAAGAUAUUAUGAAUCCAACUGGGUUAUCUACAUUCAAUAUUGGAUUCUAUGUACUAACACCGGAGAGAAAUUAGGUUGAAUAUUAAGAACUUUAGAUUGAGAUACUUCCAUAACCUAUAUCCUAUAUCACAAUUGAAGCCACUAAUACUACAGUUUUUGCCAUAACUGAUAUUGUUAUUAAAUUUGAAUUAAAAAAUGUUUAAACAAAAUCAACUACCCUGACUGUUAAGAUACCUAGAUAAAUUCAAAUAACUCGAGAUUCUGUUUUAAUACAGCCUGACUUAUAGUAAGAUAUAUAGAUAAAUGGAUAAGAAAUAAUAUUUAAAAACUAUUUUAAUAAUCAUCAAAUCAUGAAUUAAGUUGAAAUCACUUUUUCUGGAAAACUUUAAGGGACAGCAGGGAUAACUGAUAAUUUCUUAAUUUUCACAAAUGAUUAUUCAGGCGCUUUAAUAAGUCUAUUAUAAAAACCUGCCUUCUUAACAAUUCAACCGUCAAAAUACCUCUUGAUUUCUUUGAAUCCACAAAUCUAUGUUACUGAUUAUCUUACAAAUUAUUUGAUUAAAUUUCAAAUACCACAAAUUUAAGAAUAGAGUGUUUUGACCGUGGAAUUGCCAAUCUAUUUUAAAUAGCAACUCAGCUUUUGUUCUGCACAAAUUGAAACCAAUUAAUAAAUUUGUGAAAUUGGGAAUAAUAAAAAUAUUACAGUUACUUUGUUUGUUGGUGGAAUUUUAGAAAUUAUUAUAUAUAACAUCAAAACAGAGAGAAGUAUUUAGUAGUAUAGUUACUAAGUAAUUGGAGAUAUUAAAUAUCAAUAAUAGAUUCAAUCAACCCAAUAAAAUCAAUUAGGAUCCUAUAAGAUUCUAUUUCCUUAAACAUUUUAUGAUUACUCCUUAACUUCUUCAAACUCAUUUUACGGUGAACUAACAACACUGUAAUUUUCUUUCAAUCUAUUGAGCACUAUCUAAUCGAACGAUCUGUUAUAAAUUGUUUUCCCUAUAAAUAUUGAAAAAUUCUUAAGUUGUUCAAAUAUUGUUGAGAAAUAGAUUGGUUAAGAAAUUUAUCUCAAAUAAUUAUAAAAUGGUACUAAUACAUUCCUUUGCGAAUUGUUUAAUCCUAUAGAUGAUGUUCAAAUUUACCCAUUUUAAUUUAAUAUAUUUACAGACGGAGGAGAUAUUAUAGCUGUGUAUUAAGAUGCGUUUGGUAUUAGGGAUGAAUUAAGAGCUAAUAAGAUUGAUUUUUCUAUUAAACAAUAGUCAUUUUUUUUGAAUGAAGUCACCAAUAUUACACUGAAUUUUCAUACGAAUUUAGGAGUGUAAAAAUACGGUAAAAUAAAAGCAAUAUUUUAACUCUCUCAAAUUAUUGUAUUAGAUUUUAAAUGUAUACUUUAAAUAAACUAAACCCAAGAAUUAAAAUAUGAUGAAGUUUUGUGUGAAUCAUAUUUAGAGAAUGAAAAUCUGAUUGUUAUUUCAAACUUCGUAAAUUCUAUUCAGUCAAACUUUUAUCAGCUAAUAUUCACCGGAUUAACUUUUGUAGGACAUAUUAGUGAUUAUGAAACAAAUAUAACACUUUAAAAUAUUAAUUAAUUUGGAAAGAUUGUUGAGGAAUCUUAGAGAAUUUGGAAAUUUUCAAUCAUUUGCUCUGAAAAUUGUAAAAUUUGUGAUAAAAAGUACAACCAAUGUAUUAAAUGUAAGGAAGGCUUUAUUUAAUUCUAAAAUAUAUGUAUCGAAAAAUGUCCACCAAAUAUGAUUUUAACUUCUCAAGGCUGCGAAAAAUGCCUAACCGAUGCCAAUUGUUUACAAUGUGAUUAUUAGAAUAUUACUUAGUGCAUUAAAUGCAUUAAUGAAUUUUAAUUAAAAGAUGGAUAUUGCUUAAAAUUUAACACUAGUUCAAACUCAAACUCCAAUAAUCAUACAAAUUAGAAUAGCAGUAACAAUCCUAAUUAGAAUGAUCACAGCAUUUCUAAUCUUCAUAGUAGAUAAAGUGAAAUCUAUGAUGGAGCACCAAUAUUCGUAAUUAUUAUGGUUGGAAUGCUUCUGGCUGUAAUAGUCAAUAAGAUUAUCAAACAAAAAGAUGCAUUGAUAAUAAAAACAUAUUAUAUAUAUAUUAGCCUGCUUGAUAUACCAAUAGCCAUCACCAGAUUUAUAAGAUUUACUCUGCUAUAAUUUCCAGGCUAUUAUAUAUUAUCAUUAUCAUGCUUGGCUGUUACUUUUUUUGUGCAAAUCUUGAAUAGUUCUUAAUUACAAUUAUUAAAGAAAACUAAUCUAACGUUUUUCAAAAUCAUUUCAACCUCUAAACUUAAGGAAUAAUUGGCUACUUUGUUUCAAUGGAGAAUUAUUUUAUCAAUUUUACCUAAUUAAAUCGAAACAAAAGUUCUAAAUGAAAUAAAGAAAUUGUUUUAUAAUUAAACAAUUUCACAAAUACUUCCAAUUAUAGUUUAAAUUUCCUUUAUGUGCAACUAGAAUAAAUUUUAUUUCUUUUCUCUAGAUGAUAUUGUUUACAAUAUUAUUAUGAUUGCUCUGUCCAGCACAAAUAAUCUCUGGUUAAUCCUGAAAAUUAAAAACCUAAAUCAAAUUCAUCCUGAACUAAGGGAUUAAAGCAUAUGCGUACAAGGAUAAGAACAAGCUUUCAGGGAAGAAGAUUAAGUAAAUAAUGAUGAUAUCAUUUACUACAGAAACUAACCAAAAAUUAAUGAAUAAAAAGAAAAUGAAUAAGAAUUUAAAUGA